AUGGCGGUGUCUCGUCGCUGUUCGCAGCAGCAACAACAAAAUACUUUACCAUCUCCGCCGAGAAACGCGUCCAUCUCGGGCUCCUCUUCGCCCAUGGCCCAGCUGUCCUCGGCUGUGGGACCACCGGAGAAUGAGCGUGAGACCACCGGGGGGAUCGAGCUUCCCAUGGCCUCUCCAGACACCCCAGCCCCGGUGAUAGCGACCAGCUCCAGCUCCUCUCCAUCUGGCGGAGGAAGCGGCGUCUCCAGCCCGGGCUCAGGCGUUCCAAGCCCCGCAGAGGGCAGCAGCGGGAUCGGGGGGGCCUUCAGAGAGCUGUUUGAGGCCUGUCGCAACGGGGACGUGUCCAGGGUGAAGAGACUCGUCGAUUCGGUGAAUGUAAACGCAAAGGACAUGGCUGGACGGAAAUCUACACCGCUACAUUUCGCUGCGGGAUUUGGUCGCAAAGAUGUGGUGGAGCAUCUCUUACAGACUGGGGCCAAUGUUCAUGCCCGGGAUGACGGCGGUCUUAUCCCUCUCCACAAUGCCUGUUCUUUUGGACAUGCAGAAGUAGUCAGCCUCCUGUUGUGUCAAGGUGCUGAUCCAAACGCAAGAGACAACUGGAACUACACACCGUUACAUGAGGCUGCCAUCAAGGGAAAGAUAGAUGUGUGCAUUGUUUUGCUACAGCACGGAGCAGACCCGAACAUCCGUAACACAGAUGGAAAAUCUGCCUUGGAUCUCGCUGACCCUUCAGCAAAAGCUGUUCUAACUGGUGAAUACAAGAAGGACGAGCUUCUAGAAGCGGCCAGAAGUGGGAAUGAGGAGAAGCUAAUGGCACUGCUGACUCCACUGAAUGUCAAUUGCCAUGCCAGUGAUGGGCGAAAGUCAACAUCACAAAAAAUGCUGUCGACCCCACUUCACCUGGCUGCUGGCUACAACCGUGUCAGGAUUGUUCAACUACUGCUACAGCAUGGAGCCGAUGUACACGCCAAGGAUAAAGGUGGGCUGGUUCCUCUUCACAAUGCUUGCUCCUAUGGUCACUAUGAAGUCACGGAGCUUCUUCUCAAACAUGGAGCUUGUGUCAAUGCCAUGGACUUGUGGCAGUUCACUCCUCUACAUGAAGCGGCGUCCAAAAACAGAGUGGAAGUUUGUUCAUUGCUUUUGAGCCACGGAGCCGACCCAACGCUGCUCAACUGUCACAGCAAGAGUGCAGUCGACAUGGCACCCACACCGGAGCUCAAAGAAAGGCUUUCGUAUGAGUUCAAAGGACAUUCGUUGCUUCAAGCUGCACGAGAAGCUGAUAUGGCUAAAGUGAAAAAGACACUGGCUCUUGAGAUUAUUAGCUUCAAACAUCCGCAGACAAAUGAGACUGCACUGCAUUGUGCUGUGGCCUCCCCUCACCCAAAGAGGAAACAAGUCACUGAAUUACUCCUUCGUAAAGGUGCCAAUAUUAAUGAGAAGAACAAAGACUUUAUGACACCGUUGCAUGUGGCUGCCGAGAGAGCCCACAAUGACAUCCUUGAAGUUCUUCAGAAACAUGGAGCAAAGGUGAACGCUGUAGACACUCUUGGUCAGACGGCGUUGCACCGGGCAGCAUUGGCUGGACACAUUCAGACAUGUAAACUUCUGCUGAGUUUUGGAGCUGACCCUUCCAUCGUGUCCCUUCAGGGCUUCACAGCUGCACAAAUGGGCAACGAGGCAGUGCAACAAAUACUAAACGAAAACGUUCCUACGCGAAAUUCUGACAUCGACUACAGGUUUCUUGAAGCUGCAAAAGCUGGAGACUUGGAAACAGUGCAGCAAUUGUGCACGCCUCAAAAUGUGAACUGCAGAGACUUGGAGGGACGUCACUCCACUCCUCUGCACUUUGCUGCUGGUUACAAUCGAGUGGCUGUCGUUGAAUACCUGCUCCACCAUGGAGCUGAUGUUCAUGCCAAAGACAAGGGUGGUCUUGUUCCUCUUCAUAACGCGUGCUCCUACGGUCACUAUGAGGUUGCUGAGCUGCUGGUCAGACAUGGCGCCUCAGUGAAUGUAGCAGAUUUGUGGAAAUUUACCCCGCUUCAUGAGGCUGCUGCAAAGGGCAAAUAUGAGAUCUGCAAGCUCUUGCUCAAACAUGGAGCAGAUCCAUCAAAGAAGAACCGCGAUGGCAACAUGCCUCUGGACAUGGUGAAAGAUGGUGACACAGACAUUCAGGACCUGCUUAGGGGCGAUGCAGCACUCCUUGAUGCUGCAAAGAAAGGCUGUUUGGCUCGAGUUCAGAAACUCUGCUCACCUGAAAAUAUUAACUGCAGAGAUACCCAAGGGCGCAACUCAACACCGCUGCAUCUGGCAGCUGGCUACAACAACCUGGAGGUGGCAGAGUAUCUUCUGGAGCAUGGGGCCGAUGUCAAUGCCCAGGACAAAGGAGGACUUAUCCCACUUCACAAUGCUGCUUCAUAUGGGCAUGUAGAUAUUGCAGCUCUACUGAUCAAAUACAACACAUGUGUGAACGCCACAGACAAAUGGGCAUUCACCCCCUUACAUGAGGCGGCCCAGAAGGGUCGUACCCAACUCUGCGCUCUGCUUCUGGCUCAUGGUGCUGACCCUACUAUGAAAAACCAAGAGGGCCAAACUGCACUAGACCUGGCCACUGCUGAUGACAUUCGAGCCCUUUUGAUGGAUGCCAUGCCUCCUGAUGCCCUGCCCAGCUGUUUCAAGCCCCAGGCCACAGUGGUCAGUGCAUCGGUCAUCUCUCCCGCCUCCACGCCAUCCUGCCUCUCAGCUGCCAGCAGUAUUGACAACCUGGCUGGGCCACUUACUGAGCUUGCUGCUGCUGCUGGAGCGAGUGGAGUAGCUGAUGGCGCCUCUGCAGACCGCAAAGAAGGAGAGAUGACCAUGCUGGACAUGAACAUUUCUCAAUUCUUGAAGAGUCUUGGCUUGGAGCAUUUGAGAGAUAUAUUUGAAAGAGAACAGAUCAGCCUAGAUGUACUAGCAGACAUGGGCCACGAGGAACUGAAAGAGAUUGGUAUUAAUGCUUACGGCCACCGACACAAGCUCAUCAAAGGUGUAGAGAGGCUGCUUGGAGGCCAGCCAGGAUCAAAUCCGUAUCUGACAUUCCAUUGUGCAAACCAAGGCACAAUCCUGAUAGACCUUGCUUCAGAUGACAAAGAAUAUCAGUCUGUGGAGGAAGAAAUGCAGAGCACUAUCAGAGAGCACAGAGAUGGGGGAAAUGCUGGUGGUGUGUUCAGCAAAUACAACAUCAUCAAGAUCCAGAAAGUUGUUAACAAAAAGCUAAGAGAACGUUAUGCACACCGACAAAAGGAAAUAUCUGAUGAAAACCACAAUCACCACAAUGAGCGAAUGCUCUUUCAUGGUUCUCCCUUUAUAAAUGCUAUCAUCCACAAAGGUUUUGAUGAAAGGCACGCCUACAUUGGAGGGAUGUUUGGUGCAGGAAUCUACUUUGCAGAGAACUCCUCAAAGAGUAAUCAGUAUGUGUAUGGGAUUGGUGGAGGCACUGGCUGCCCGACUCACAAGGACAGGUCUUGUUAUGUGUGUCACAGGCAAAUGCUGUUCUGUCGUGUCACCCUGGGGAAGUCUUUCCUACAGUUUAGUGCCAUGAAGAUGGCCCACGCUCCUCCGGGGCACCACUCGGUGAUUGGGCGGCCCAGUGUCAAUGGGUUGGCAUAUGCGGAGUAUGUUAUCUACAGAGGGGAGCAGGCCUUCCCAGAGUACCUCAUCACAUACCAGAUCCUUAAGCCUGACAGUACUGCUCAGUCUGCAGCCGGAGCUGAGCAAAAGUCAUAG